AUGCGGUUUCCAGGGGAGAGCGGUGACAACUGUCUACCUGCUGCCUCCACUUUUCGUGUGUUGGGCUUGGUAAUCUUGGGGAAUAAGAGGCAGCUCGGUGGCCAACGAGUCCCCUCAGUGUGUGACACGUGUCGGGGCCAGCGCCGCUUUACCGGAGCCCGCGGUGGAUGUCCCCCUCCCCUCUUUGCACCGACCUGUUUGGACGUGGGCAUUGCUGAGACUGCUCACUCCGUGCACUCAGCCAGCCCUCAUUUCCAUUUCAAUCUCAACCUCAUGAAUGCAAAAACUCUGGCCGAAAAUUAA